ACUGCUUGAAGAAUAACGACCAGACACCAGAGGAUUGAGAUCGGUGCUUGUAGGUUUGACGAUGGAGGAUGAAUUCGUGUACAGGAUAAGCACAGCGAAGGAGUGGGAGUUGUUGCAAAGCAAUGGAUCCAUUUUCGGUGGGGAUCUUGACAAGUCUUCGGGUUUCAUCCAUCUCAGCAAGCUGAACCAGGUUCGGUCUACGCUAGAGAACUUUUUCACCAACACCAAAUUGGAACUCUACCUGCUUCAGAUUGAUGCUAAAAAGCUUGGCGAUGGUUUGAUAUAUGAAGUUGUGGAUGGCACAAAUAGCUUCCCUCAUUUCUAUGGACCGUCUCGAAGCUUUGCCCCUCUUCCUCUGGAUGCCGUGACAAAAGCAGAGAAGCUGUGUCUCUCAGAUGGUAAAUUCAGUUGCAGUUUGUUUGAUUAACUCUUGUACGAGGGUAAUGAAAGCAAUUACUUUCCUAUGUUACUUGUAAAAGAAAGGAUUGUACGCCACUAACGAAUAAUUGAAAAUAAAUGAAUUGAAUCAUCUUAAGUGAUA